CGAGUCUGGACUCUCGGCUCUUGAUCGAGGCCGUGUUUCCGUACAGUCUCCCAUUUGGACCAAGUUGACAUGACGUGAUAUGCAGCGGGGUCGAUGUUUACAAAUUCAAGCAGACAAGGAUAUCGGGAGGGCAUAAAUAUAGGGACGUAUUCAAUCCGCUCAUUUGUCUUCUAUAUCGACUCUAGAUCCAGUUCUAGUUCCUAAAAUCCUCUGCUCCAAGUUCACCUUACGAUGGCACCCCAACCAGUCGCGCUCAUCCUCGGAACCGGCCCACGAGUUGGCGCAUCUGUUGCAGCAGCUUUCCGUAGCAAAGGCUACAGCGUGGCAACCGCAUCUCGAUCAGGAACAGGAGCUAAGACGCCUGAAGGGUACCUUUCCCUCGCCGUCGACUUUGCCAAUCCCUCCUCAAUCUCGGCGCUGUAUGGAUCUGUGAAGGACAGCCUCGGUGCAGCGCCUAGCGUUGUUGUUUAUAACGCGGCUGCUCUUACCCCUGCUCCAGAUAAUGACUCUGUCUUGUCAAUCUCAGCAGAGAAAUUCGUGAACGACUUGAACGUCAACACUGUUAGUCCGUACCUUGCCGCCCAGAAGGCUGUGGAGGGGUGGGCCACCCUGCCCGAGGACGUGAAAAAGACAUUCAUUUACACGGGCAACCCGCUAAACGUCCAAAUUGUGCCCAUGCCGCUGUUCUUGAACUUGGGGGUCGGGAAGCGUGCGAGCACGUAUUGGAUUGCGGCUGCAGAUGAGCUAUACGCGGCCAAGGGAUAUAGGUGCGUAUACACUAUGCGGAUGAGCGCGCUGAAGGUGGAAAGAGUAAGGGAAACAAUCUUGACGGACCAGCUCAUGGCGAGUUCUACGCACAGUUAGCGCGCCAUGAAAGAAAUAUCCCAUGGCACGCGACCUUUGUCGCGGGUGAAGGCUAUAGCAAAUUCGAUUGAGCUAUUUAAGCUGGAAGUGUGCGAUUUCCGGGACCGUAGUCUUCCUAUCGUCACACAAGCACUACAAGUUCCCCCGGACUGCUGAACAAUGUACCUAGGUCAUAGCUGAUACUGUUUUCCGCAUCUCUGUUGCGCCAUAUAGCCUCCAUCAAUUCAAGUGCUUUGCGUGCGGUGC